GUGGUCACAGGUCUGUUUCCGGGGGGCGUGACUAAUCGAUAUUUGUUCAUCAGUGUAGCAUUACAAUUUGCAGAAACCGAAACAUCGGGUAUAAUCGGAUCUGCGUGUAUAAUGAACGCUGUUAAAGGUUUCGGUAAAGCGCUUGUCAUCAUUACUGGCGCGUCACGAGGUUUCGGUCGGGCUCUGGCACUGGAGAUCGCGGGUCGUGUGGAUGCCGGUUCGGUUCUGAUUCUGGCGGCCCGAUCAGAGGACCGACUGCAGGAGCUACAGACGCAUCUGUCCCGCGACGCGUCACAAGUGACGGUGCGCUGUGUGGCUGCGGAUUUAGCGCGUAAAGAAGAUAUAGAGCGCGUUCUUACUGAGGUCAAGGAGACGCAACGCGCGGAUAUUGAUCAUCUGCUGCUCUUCAAUAAUGCAGGGUCUCUGGGCGAUGUGUCCCGUUAUUGUCGUGAUUUCACGGAUGUGGAUGAAGUGGACUCGUUUCUCUCCUUUAACGUCAGUUCUGCGCUCUGUUUUACUGCUGGAGUUCUGAACGCGGUUCCGCAGCGAGCUGGUUUGACGCGCGUCAUCGUUAACAUCAGCUCUCUGUGUGCGAUCAAACCGUUUGCCUCGUGGGUUCUGUACUGUACCGGUAAAGCGGCUCGUGAGAUGAUGUUCCGCGUGCUGGCUGAAGAAGAAGCGGAUCUUCGAGUCCUCAGCUACGCACCCGGUCCUCUGGACACAGACAUGCAGCUGCAGGCGAGGACCAUCAGUGCAGACAGCGGCAUAAGGAGCGAAUGCAACAACCUGCAUGUUCAGGGUCAACUGCUUACAUGUGAAGUGUCUGUCAAUAAACUCAUGAAGGUUCUGCUGGAGGGGAACUUCACGUCUGGAGCUCAUCUGGACUUUUAUGAUGUAUAGGGUUUAUGACAUUACAGACAGCCUUUGAUUCUUCUAACACAUCUAAAUCAUUUGAUUGACAACUGUGCCUUGCCUUGACUUUAAUUUAGUUUUAUUUUUUGAUACUUAGGGACCAGUAAUGUUAUCAGAAAUGUCUUAUCAAAUAUUUUCCUCUAAUUUCCAUUAUAUAUUUUUUUACGUCAGAAGAUCCAAGCCAGUAUUCAAGACACUAAGACACAUCAGCUGUGCUGUUUAUUUUUUUUAAUGUUUUUAUAAUAAUCCUUCAUAUAUAUUCUUAACACAGUUUUUCUUAAGAGUCAUUUUCUGUGUUCUGUUGAUCAUUAGGCAGCUGUGGAGCUUUACAAACGUUGAUGUGUUUGUUUGUUUGUUUGUUUGUCUGCAGAUGGAAGAAUAUAUUAAAGAACUGGAGUUUAAAGGGCACCUAUUAUGCAAAAUCCAUUUUUACAAGGUGUUUGGACAUAAAUGUGUGUUGGCAGUGUGUGAUCACAACCACACUUCAAUGAAAAAAUCCCACUCCUUGUUUUUUUAAUCCCCAUUAAACCAAAGCAGUCUCAUUAGAUAUGCUGUUUUGAUUCCCUUAUCAAUGUGAGGUCACUUUGAUAAAGCCCCGCCCACUUACAGUCCUGCAUUACCAUA